AUGAAGAAUCUCGAAGAAUCUAGUCUGCUCGGAGGUGGUAGUGCUGAUCCGUCCACGUCAUCAGCGAUCGACGUGGCUGUGCUCGCCAGUUUCGCCAAGUAUAGGUUCAACUCAGCUUUUCUCUGCUUCUUUGGAAACUCGCUGUCGCAAGAUACUGUCGCAAAUCUCGCUGCGUCAACAGAAGCAAUUGUCCCCAUGGCGUCUCUCUGCGCCUCCCUCGAGGCUGCCUCUCUGGCCAGCAGCGCCACGCUCGCCUCCUCCUCGCGAGCCCUUGUCGCGGCGCGCUCUCCCUGCGUCGCGCCGUCGCGCCGUCUGUCGCAUGUCGUCGCCAAGGCCUCGAGCGACGAGUCGAGCGACGGCAAGGCGACGACUCGCAGGGAGCUGAUGCUCCGCUCGUCGUCGGCCGCCAUGCUCGCCGCGCUCUUCCACUUCAGUGGCACGCGCCCGUCCUUCCUGGGCGUGGCCCGCGACCCGCCCGCGCUGGCGCUCUGCCCCGCGUCGCCCAACUGCAUUUCCACGUCCGAGGAGAUUAACGACCCCGGCCACUACGUGCCGCCCUGGACGUACAACCCCGAGGAGGGGCGCGGCAGGAAGAACCCCGCCUCGCAGGAGCAGGCAAUGGAGGAGCUCGUUGCGGUGGUUACAUCCACCAAGCCCGAUGGUUUCACGCCCACCAUCAUCACUCGCCGCCCCGACUACCUCUAUGUGGAAUACGAGAGCCCGCUCAUGGGGUACGUGGACGACGUGGAGUUCUGGUUCCCCCCCGGCAAGCGCUCUCUGGUGGAGUACCGAAGUGCAUCCCGGCUGGGGGAGAGCGACCUGGACGCCAACCGCAAGCGCAUCAAGGCGCUGCGGGUGGAGCUGCAAAAGUAUGGCUGGGCUUCUGUGGGCUACUAA